CGCGCCCCCGGCCCCGCCGGUCCCGCCGCGAUGCUGUUCCACAGUCUGUCGGGCCCCGAGGUGCACGGGGUCAUCGACGAGAUGGACCGUAGGGCCAAGAGCGAGGCUCCCGCCAUCAGCUCCGCCAUCGACCGCGGCGACACCGAGACGACCAUGCCGUCCAUCAGCAGUGACCGCGCAGCGCUGUGCGCUGGCUGCGGGGGCAAGAUCUCGGACCGCUACUACCUGCUGGCGGUGGACAAGCAGUGGCACAUGCGCUGCCUCAAGUGCUGCGAGUGCAAGCUCAACCUGGAGUCGGAGCUCACCUGUUUCAGCAAAGACGGUAGCAUCUACUGCAAGGAAGACUACUACAGGCGGUUCUCUGUGCAGCGCUGCGCCCGCUGCCACCUGGGCAUCUCGGCCUCGGAGAUGGUGAUGCGCGCUCGGGACUUGGUUUAUCACCUCAACUGCUUCACGUGCACCACGUGUAACAAGAUGCUGACCACGGGCGAUCACUUCGGCAUGAAGGACAGCCUGGUCUACUGCCGCUUGCACUUCGAGGCGCUGCUGCAGGGCGAGUACCCCGCACACUUCAACCACGCUGACGUGGCAGCGGCGGCCGCUGCAGCCGCGGCAGCCAAGAGCGCGGGGCUAGGCGCAGCAGGGGCCAACCCUCUGGGUCUUCCCUACUACAAUGGUGUGGGCACUGUGCAGAAGGGGCGGCCGAGGAAGCGCAAGAGCCCGGGCCCUGGUGCAGAUCUGGCGGCCUACAACGCUGCGCUAAGCUGCAACGAAAACGACGCAGAGCACCUGGACCGUGACCAGCCAUACCCGAGCAGCCAGAAGACCAAGCGCAUGCGCACGUCCUUCAAACACCACCAGCUUCGGACCAUGAAGUCUUACUUUGCCAUUAACCACAACCCCGACGCCAAGGACUUGAAGCAGCUCGCGCAAAAGACGGGCCUCACCAAGCGGGUCCUCCAGGUCUGGUUCCAGAACGCCCGAGCCAAGUUCAGGCGCAACCUCUUACGGCAGGAAAACACGGGCGUGGACAAGUCGACAGACACGGCGCUGCAGACAGGGACGCCAUCGGGCCCGGCCUCGGAGCUCUCCAACGCCUCCCUCAGCCCCUCCAGCACGCCCACCACCCUGACAGACUUGACUAGCCCCACCCUGCCAACUGUGACGUCCGUCUUAACUUCUGUGCCUGGCAACCUGGAGGGCCAUGAGCCUCACAGCCCCUCACAAACGACUCUUACCAACCUUUUCUAAUGACUCGCACCCUCCCACCCCACAAUUUCUUUAAAAAAGAAAUUAUCUUUAGUUGAAUUCCAAGUGUAUUUUAAAAUAGAGGCUUUGAGCAACUAACUAACCACAUUUUAGGAUCUCGCCUGGAAACAGAGGAAAAAAAAAACAAGUGUGCACCCAGCUAAUGCAGCGGUGUGGACCGACAACUUGGAAGAUCUACCUGCAACACAACAUUUGUGUCACUGUACAGUUUUGUGGACUGAGCGAGGAAAAACAACAAAUAAUUUAAGUUGGCUAGAGCUUCUGUAUUUUCAAAGACUGCCACGUGCCUUAGGAAUACUGUUUUAUCUCCAUACUUUGGAUGACUUGUUCAUUUUUCUCUCCCUCUUUUUCUCUGUAUAUUUAUGACCAGAGCAAAAAUGUAAAAAACAAAAAACAACAAAAAAAAGUUUGUUACUUUGAAUAGUCC